AUGCGUGAAGAGGUGUUGGUUGGCGACUGCGCAGUUACACGCGCAACGACAACUCGUCAAGAAAUAGCCGCGACAAUGGAAGGCGAUGAGUGCGGGCUUGUUUGCAGACUACAGCAAGCCCAAACUGAGCGUCUAAUGACAAUUCAGGAAGCGACAAUUAUUCCCGACAUUAAUGCGUCUACUCCCGGCCUCGUUCCCGUCGAUACGCCGCCUCCAUCGGCCGUCACCGACCCCCCUGACGUGCCUCUCCUUCUCACUUCUUCCCCUGGCUAUACCGACCCUCCUCUGUUCACUUUUCCCACUCCAUUGCCUUCUUCUUCUCCUUCUUCUUCUUCUUCUUCUUCUUCUUUACAAUACCCCAUCUCGACCACAGACGCCAACUUUUCCCUCCUCACGCCCACCACCACCACCACCACCACUUCCGCCUCCUUCUCCUCCUCAUCAGUCAAGCCCUUUGCCGUGCGACCCUCGCCGACCGGCGGCAUGGGCGCAUUCGCCACCCGCGCUCUCCUCCCUAACGAAGUCAUCCUCGAAGAGACGCCCCUCUUUACGUCGACGCGAGGCGAUUCCAUAUUCAAAACCUUUACCAGAGCAAGUCGCAAAAGGCAAAAAAAGGCAAUGAAGCUCCACGCCAGCAGCCAUUUUAAACUAGGAACGCCAUACCUCCAAGCCGUCUGGGACACCAACAGGUAUACACAAAAAUGA